CGUUGGUGAGUCGUUCCGGGUGACAUCCUGUCAUAUCUAUCUUGUUCCUCUUCAGGUUCUUCUCCGACUCCCCAGCAGUUUUUAUAAAUAGAUGUACAGAGAUGGAAGUGCAAUAAUAACUUGGGAGAUGGAGAGUAAUCUCUCCACUCCAACGAAACGUGGGAAUGGGAAGCAUGUAUGUUCCCAACGAGAGAGUCCAGUGGACAAAACCCAUACUUCCCGCGAGGGAAAGCUCUUUCAACUGGAAGGCCGAUCUUAUUCAAAUGCCCUUUUCCAUACAUCCCACUCCAGCGGCACAAUCAACAAUUGCUUAAUCCCAAAAUCCAUGGCCGCCUCGCACUGUAUUUUCAACACAUAUUUGUAAAUACCACUAUAGCCUUGAGAUUGGUAGCAGACCCAGAGGUGGUUUGGAAAUUUGGUCGCGGCAUUAUUAACGUGUCUGUUAUGCAUCACUAUACCGGUGCAAUCGCUGCUGUUUAUUGGAGAUAGGGCAAUACGACCAACACUGCUGGUAUUUUUGUGAUUGGGACCGGUAAUGGCAAGACUCGCUACACAACCAGACAUUCGUUUGCU